AUGAAAUGGAAGGCCGGGUUUGAAGAGCCUUGGCCACAACGAACGUCCACUCACUCACUUGGCCAUGGUGUCUGGAAGAACACUGAGGAUGAGGUGUUGAAAGCGGCCAUUGCGAAGUAUGGGAAGAAUCAAUGGGCGCGUAUUUCGUCUCUGCUCGUCCGUAAAACGCCGAAGCAAUGCAAGGCUCGCUGGUACGAGUGGCUGGAUCCCUCCAUCAAAAAGACCGAGUGGUCAAAGACAGAGGAUGAAAAGCUGCUGCACUUGGCAAAAUUGAUGCCAACGCAAUGGAGAACUAUUGCACCAAUUGUCGGACGUACCGCUACGCAAUGCUUGGAGCGAUACCAAAAACUUCUGGAUGACGCGGAAGCAAAAGAGAACGAGGAGCUUGGUUUGGGUGGCCCGGGUGACGAAGCCGGGCCCAGCGCCGAUGAUGUUCGCAGGCUUCGGCCUGGUGAGAUUGACCCCGACCCAGAGACGAAGCCAGCGCGACCGGACCCUAUUGACAUGGACGAGGACGAGAAGGAAAUGCUGUCAGAGGCUCGCGCUCGUCUGGCCAAUACUCAGGGAAAGAAGGCGAAGAGGAAGGCCCGCGAGAGACAGCUUGAGGAGGCACGAAGGCUUGCUGUUUUGCAGAAGAAGCGGGAACUCAAGGCUGCUGGUAUCAUCAUGAGGCACAAGACGAAGAAAAAGGGAAUGGACUACAAUGCCGAUAUCCCAUUCGAAAAGAAGCCUGUGCCCGGUUUCUACGACACGUCUGAAGAACAAGCCAAAUCCUACUCAGCUCCUGUCGGCCAGUCUCUUCGUCGUCUCGAAAACAAGCGUAAACCACAGGACGAAGAAUCCGAGGCCAAGAAACGCCAGAAGAAGGGGAAGGAGAACGAGCCACACUCUACCAAGUUUAUUGCCGCUCGCGAUGCACAAAUCCAAAAGCUCAAGGAGGCGGAGCAAAUUAGCAAGCGGCGUGCUUUGGUGCUUCCCGCAGCACAAGUCGGAGAAGCCGAGCUCGAAGAGAUUGUCAAAAUUGGACAGGCUGGCCAGAGCGCGCGAGCUUUGAUGAAUGAUGAAGGAGAGGGGAAUGAAGCAAGUGGGCAAUUGCUUGGAGAAUACGAAGGUCUUAGUCACGCUCGUAUGGCGCGAACCCCCCGGACCGCCCCCCAAGAGGACAAUAUUAUGGCGGAAGCUCGAAACCUACGAAACAUGGUGCAAGCCCAGACCCCCUUGUUGGGCGAAGAGAACACUCCCAUGCGCGGACCCGCGGAGGGCGGUACCGGCUUCGAGAGCGCCACUCCACGACACCAGGUCGCAUUUACUCCUAAUCCUCUCGCCACGCCUCGCGCCAAUGGAGACGGUUCGGGGCUACCCCACGAUAUCAAUCCGGAGGAUGGGAUUAUGGUUGGUGAUACCCCGCGAGAGGAACGGUUACGUGCUGCUGCUGCUCAGAGAUCGCUGAAACUUGGCUUUGCAAGCCUUCCCAAGCCGAGCAACGAUUUUGAAGUUGUUCUGCCCGAGGAUGAAGAAGAGGCAGAGGAUGAGGACGAACAAACGAUGACAGUCGAGGAUAUGGCCGAGCGAAAUGCUAGGAUGAGGAAGCUACAGGAAGAAGAAGAGCGGAAAGCUCUGGAGCGCCGUUCAAGCGUUGUCAAAAAAGACUUGCCUCGGCCUGUCCACAUCGAUCACGAGCGACUCUCGCGAGCCCUACGCGAAACACCACGACCACGCGACGCUCUCUCUGAAGCUCACAAACUCAUUGACAAUGAGUUGGUCGACCUCAUCCAGCAUGACACAAUUGCUCACCCUCUCCCCGGAACGCCGUACCCAGGCGGUACCCCCUCUAUGUAUGAUAUACCCGAGGACGAUGAUGUCGCUGCAGCGGCUCUGGCAGUACAUAUUGAACUCUCAGCUACCCUUGGCAUCGUUGGUGCAACACCAGAAGAAGUAAGGAAGGGCGUUAUUCUGGCCGCGGGCCAGGAGGAUAUCGAUGGCGAAGCGUUGAGCUGGGCCCGGAUGCGUGAUACAUGGGCUUACGACAAGAAUUUGAAGGCAUGGGUUGAUUCUUCGUCAUUGUCACCCGAAGACCGCGUGGCUGGGAUCGCUGCGCUCAUUAUGCAAGACCGGGAUUCCAUGUCCAAGGAGGCCGCAAAAGCGGCGAAGGUCGAAAAGAAGCUCAAUGUCACGCUUGGGGGUUAUAACGCUCGUUCUGGCAUCUUAGCUAAACGCGUCAAGGGCGCAUGGGCUGAACUUCAAAAGGCGACCAUCGAGCUCGAGACUGCUGCUCCACGCCGAGUUGAGGCGCUCAAAGAGGAAGUUGAGAGACUGGAGCGACAAGAACGGGAGUUGCAGGCCCGUUUCCAGGACCUUAGCAUCGCCAAGGAAGAAGUACAAGGUAGCAUUGCGGCCAAGGAAGAGCAGAUCAUGGCCGAAGCGGAGGCUUUGAACGAGGCUGCACUCGCUGCUGCAGAAGCCUAG